CCGAUCACAAGUCCCCAUGAACGGGCGGUGAGCUGGGAUAAUAAAACCCCUGACAUCACCAUUCCAGAAGCUUCACAAGACUGCAUAUAUAAGGGGCUGGCUGUAGCUGCAGCUGAAGGAGCUGACCAGCCAGCUGACCCCCCACAUUCACCAGGCCACCAUGGACAUCGCCAUCCACCACCCGUGGAUCCGCCGCCCCUUCUUUCCUUUCCACUCCCCCAGCCGCCUCUUUGACCAGUUCUUCGGAGAACACCUGUUGGAGUCUGAUCUCUUCCCAACCUCUACUUCCCUGAGUCCCUUCUACCUUCGGCCGCCCUCAUUCCUGCGGGCACCCAGCUGGAUUGACACUGGGCUCUCAGAGAUGCGUCUGGAGAAGGACAGAUUCUCUGUCAACCUGGAUGUGAAGCACUUCUCCCCAGAGGAACUCAAGGUCAAGGUGCUGGGAGAUGUGAUUGAGGUGCACGGCAAACAUGAAGAGCGCCAGGAUGAACAUGGUUUCAUCUCCCGGGAGUUCCACAGGAAAUACCGAAUCCCAGCUGAUGUGGACCCUCUUGCCAUUACUUCCUCCCUGUCAUCUGAUGGGGUCCUCACUGUGAAUGGACCAAGGAAACAGGCCUCUGGCCCUGAGCGUACCAUUCCCAUCACCCGCGAAGAGAAGCCUGCUGUCACUGCCCCCAAGAAGUAGAUGUCCUUUCUCUAACUGCAUUUUUUAAAACAAGAAAGUUUCCCCACCAGUGAAUGAAAAUCUCGUGACUAGUGCUGAAGCUUAUUAAUGCUAAGGGCAGGCCCAAACUAUUAAGCCAAUAAAAUAUUAUUCAGCAACA